AUUUUUUUUAUUAUACUUUGUUGUUGUUUUGGUUCUGAGAAUAAAAUCUUGAAAUAUUACAUAAAUGAUUAAAUUAAUUUCAACUAUCAUCUAACUAUAAUUAUAGCUGAAAAUAUUUUAUUUGACUAUAACUUAAUUAGAUAGUGCUUUUUCUUUUUUCUUAUUUUCAUUCUGCUCUAAAUGUAAUCAUCUUAUUUAUAUAGUUUUUUUCACUUUACGAAACGGAAUACGUGCCAUAGUUUUCGUGCAAUGGCUUUCAUACAAACAGAUAAUAAUUAUUCAGAAAUUUUGCCACCUGCUACUGAUAAUCGAUUUGAAAGUGCAGACAUUUCUGCAUCGUCAAGCUCUGAACAAACGGAUUAUAAUAAUGAAAUUUAUAACCCUGAUUGUGUGUUAUCAGAUCCAAUCCAAACGCCUGGGGCAAAUCAUGGAAUUUAUAAUUCCGAGUGUUUAUUACCUGAUAAUACUGAAAUACCUGAUAAUAAUAAUGGAACUUAUAAUCAUAACAUGGAAUUUUCUCCUGCGAUCAGCGCAAAACAAUUAGAAGAAAUAAACGAAAUUUAUAAUCCUGAGUGUUUGUUGCCUGAUAAUGUUGAGAUAAACGAUAAAAGUAAUGGGAUAAGUAAUUAUUCGGGUAUCAACACAAAGCAAUCAGAAGAAACAAAUGAAAUUUAUACCUGUGAUGUUUGUGAUAAACAGUUUUUUCGCAAAUACUGUCUUCAAAGGCAUCUAAGUAUCCAUAUGAGUGAAAGACCAUUUGUUUGUGAUGUUUGUCAGAAAACAUUUAAACGGAGAAGUAAUCUACGAGAUCACGUUUUGACUCAUUCUACUAACAAGACGUAUGUUUGCAAUAUCUGUAGCAAAUCUUUUAGUGUGGAAAAGUACUUAAAAAAUCACGCUGUUGUUCAUAACAAAGAAAAAACUUACGAGUGUGAAUAUUGUAAUAAAUCUUUCCCACGGAAAGAAAGUUUGAAGCAUCAUUUAAUGAUUCAUCAAAAUAAAGAAUCUUAUGUUUGUGAAGUGUGUCAGAAAGAAUUUACUCAAAGAAGAUACCUUCAAAAGCAUUUUUUCAUUCACAUGAAUAAUAAGCAUGAAUGUGAAAUUUGUCAUAAAGUCUUUACUUUAAAGCAUAGUCUUAAGAAACAUUACCUUCUGCAUACAAAUGAGAGGCCACAUGUGUGUGAUAUCUGCAACAAAGGAUUCAUGAUGAAAAAUGACCUUAAAAAUCAUUAUUUUAGCCAUACAACAGACAAGCCUUUUCACUGUGCAAUAUGCAAUAAAGGUUUUGUGCAAAGAUUCCUGUUAAGAAGGCAUUUAAAAACUCAUAAAAUUGAUAAUGACGUAUUAAAAAAUAUGUUAAAUUUACUUUAUGAUGACCCAAGAUGUAAUAAAGUAACUCCUAAUGAAUCAAAUUCUAUUAAUCUGCUAGAAGAUAAUGAAAAAUCUAAUGGGAACAAUGAAUCAGAUCUAUUGAAUAUAAUAGAAGAAAAUGAAAAAUGUGAUAAUGAUGAGUCAAAUUCAAUGAAUUUAAAUGAAGAUAAUGAAGAAUCUAAUUGUAAUAAUGAAUUUAAUCUAUCGGACAGACCAGAAAAUAAUUGUAAAUCUAAUGAUGAUGAAUCAAAUUCAAUGAAUUCAAUUGAAGAUAAUGAAGAAUCUAAUGAGAACAAUGAAUCAAGUCUAUUGAAUAUACCAGAAGAAAAUAAUAAAUGUGAUGAUGAUAAGUAAAAUUCAAUGAAUUUAAUUGAAGAUAAUUAAAGAUCUAAUACAUUUAAUGAUAAAGUAUAACAGAAAGUUAUGAAAGUAUAACAGAGUCUAUUAAGUAUAACAGAAGAUGAUGAAAAAAAUAUGAUGAUCAAUUGAAUAAAGUGAGUUCAGUAGAAGAUAAAGAAAAGUCUUUAACAGACUUAAAUCUAAUAAUGAUUGAACAUAAUAAAAGGGAAUGGAAAAUUUAGUAAUGAAUUUAAGUCUGAUAAAUUAAAAAAAAAAAUAUCUAAUAUUUUUACUUUUAGUAAUAAAUUUGAUCUGUUGAAUUAUAUAAAAAUAAGAAUUGUUCUGAGUUUCUUAAUGAAUAAAAUAUUCUAAUAACUAAAGAAUAAAAAAUUCUAAUAAAUAAAAAUAAUAAAUUCUAAUAACUAUUAUUUUUUGAAAAAUCUGUUACAGAAAGCCAGUGCACUAAGCUACAAAUCUCUCCACCUUUCAUAUUGUUAACAUUUGCUGGAUUGUUCACUUUUAAACAAUCACUUCAUAGUUCCUAAUAACAUUUAACUCUGUACUUGAUAAAAAUCUCUACAUUUAAAAUAAAUCUGCAAGAGAAAUAAAUCUUAAAAUAUAUUUGACAAAUAAUAUUAAAUUCAUUAUUUUCAGAAAAUCAGAGACUAUAAUCACUGUACUAGAUUACUAAAACUGCAUCAAUCAGAUUCUAAUUACUCAAUGUAUAUUUCAUGUGAGUUUCAUAUCCGUAAAAAAGUUCAAAAGUUCAUUUGGCCAUUUAAUACUCUUCAUUACAAAUAAAAUUUGUUAUAAAACAUUAUAUUUCUAUUUGUAAUUGCAUAAUUACAUUAAAAGAGAGAAGGAGAGGUUUGUUAACUUUCUGGCAUUCAAACCACUUUCUCACCUUUUUGUGAGAUAUUUUCCGUGUUUUAAGGCUUCAUCAAUUUGUGUCAUGUUCCACUGGUUCUAUGUAUCAAAAAUGGCCCCAUGUAUGCUAAAUUUUGUUGAGUAUAUAUUUAUUGAGCUUAUGACUGACAAAUAUUCUAAUUCUAAAAAAUAAUUUUAUAAAAAGUAUACAGUGUGCUAUAAAUUUCACUUCAUUUUUAUUACUAGAUUUAAUAACGUAAAACUUCUAUUUCAAGCAUCAAACAAAAACUGAAAAAAAAAAAAAAACCUUAAAGUACAACUUUUAAAAAAAAGAAAAACCUUUCUUAUUUAUUAUUGGUGGUGUUUCAAAAUGAUGAUUUUCUCUUUAGUAUUAUGAAGUGAUUAUUGUUGCUUUGAUUUAUUUGUAUGCUAAUACAGUCAAACUUUUAGAUGAUUUGAAGUCUAGUAUACCAGAGAGAAUAUUCAAAAAUUUGAAUUGUAGAUAUUUUCUUUCAAACGGAAAAGUUAAUUAUGUACUAGCAUAAUUAUUCUCCUUUAUUUAUUUAUUUUUUUUAAAAUAUUGUUUUUGAUUGC